AUGCUUGGAAUCAUCUUACCAUUUUCUCCCAGAGCCUUCGUCAUCUUUUCUUUUGGACCGUUCUCUUUCGAGCCUGAGCUCAUCCACAAGAAUAGACUCACGACAGUUCCAAUGGCACCAACUGCUGCGUUAUUGUGGGAAAAUGUAAGACCGGAACAGUUUAGCUGGUUUUCUAAGAAUACAGAACCGGUUGUUCUUGGGAUCAGCUCUUUCUUCAAUGAAGAAAUGUGUCAGCAGAUUGACAUACAGUCACACACAUAUGAUCAGUUCUCCACUCGGUGA